AUGGAGGACCCCUUUUUCAUUGCCCCAAUCCCAUGGCUGUCAGAGCUCGUCAAGCCAUGGGCCGACCGUCUUGGGAUGGUUACACUACCUCUGCAUAUCCAUGAAGUCGUCGGAAGCGCCCUCUUCUACUCGCUCAUUUUCUGGCCUGUGUCGCCCAUCAUCUCCAACAUCCUGGCGCCCCAGUACUACUCCAAGCUUCCCCGCAAGACGAAGCUGAACUGGGAUGCCCAUGUCGUGUCUAUGGUUCAGAGCUGCCUCAUCAAUGUCCUGGCGAUAUGGGUUAUGCUUGCCAACGAGGAACGUAGGCGCAUGGACUGGGAGGAGCGGGUUUGGGGCUAUACGGGCGCCGAAGGCAUGAUCCAGGCUCUUGCUGCUGGAUACUUUGUCUGGGACUUCUUUGUUAGCAGCUUGCAUUUCGAUGUUUUCGGUCCUGGUACUUUGGCCCAUGCCAUCGCUGCUCUGCUGGUGUACGGCUUAGGAUUUCGCCCCCUCGUUAACUUCUACGCCCCAGUAUUCAUUCUAUGGGAGCUUUCUACCCCUUUUCUGAACGUUCAUUGGUUCAUGGACAAGGUCAAGAUGACAGGAUCCAAGGGCCAACUGUAUAACGGCAUUGCACUCCUCUUCACCUUCUUCACCUCGCGUCUCGUUUUUGGAACAUAUCAGUCCUACGUCGUCCUAAGCGACAUCAGGCUUGCUCUCCAGAACCUCCACCCUAGCCCUACUAAGCUAGAUAUCUCUACCAUGAUAUUUGCGACUGAGGCCUCAACCGUACCUGUUUGGCAAGCCGUUACUUAUCUAGCCAGCAACCUGACCCUCAACUUCUUAAACUUUCACUGGUUUUUCAGGAUGAUCCGUGCUGUCCGCAAACGAUUUGUGCCUGCCGACAAGCCCGCCGAAGUGCCCGUUAAUGAGACAGCCACCGAGUCAGGCGUGGAUCUAUCAACGCUCGCUUCGGGGGUCCCGGAGAAGGUCCAGGGAAGGCGCCGCAAAGCAUGA